UGUUUCUGAUGUAAAUGAUGACUGUAACAGGUCAUAAUGUGUCUCUCUAAAACUCCUCCUAUUAAGGAAGUGCUGAGUCUGAGACGACUGCAGUCCUUCAUAAACAUUCUGCAGUGUUCUGCUCUGGGGAGUUUAGUUUUAUUCUCGGUUUAUGGAGAAAUCCGAGUCUGAUUUUCAGCACUGUGAAAGGAAGUGAUUACUAACUGGACCUACAAAGUUAUUUGUUUAACGUUAAAGAAACCUGAAAUCAGGGUGUGAUUACUUUUUAUCAAAGUGAAAGUGAAACUGUGAGUGUUCAGACUGGAGAGAAAAACAACAGCAGCAAAAUAAAAUGGCUUCUAAGUUUUCAGAGGAGGAUUUGUCCUGUCCUGUCUGCUGUGAAAUCUUCAAGGACCCUGUUCUUCUGCUCUGCAGUCACAGUGUGUGUAAAGUGUGUUUGCAGCAGUUCUGGGAGACCAAAGGAUCCAGAGAAUGUCCUGUUUGUAGGAGGAAGUCAUUGAUGACUGAUCCUCCCACAAACCUGGCCUUAAAGAACCUGUGUGAGACUUUCUUACAGGAGAGAAGUCAGAGCUCUUCAUCAGUGUCUGAAACAGUCUGCAGUCUGCACAGUGAGAAACUCAAACUCUUCUGUCUGGAUGAUCAACAGCCGGUGUGUCUGGUGUGUCGGGAUUCAAGAAAACACACCAACCACAAAUUCUGCCCCAUUGACGAGGCUGUAACAGACUGUAAGGAGGAGCUGAAAACUGCACUGAAGCCCCUACAGGAGAAACUGAAGAUCUUUAAAGACUGUAAACUGAACUGGUGUCAGACUGCAGAACAUAUAAAGAUUCAGGCCCAACACACAGAGCGGCAGAUUAAAGAGGUUUUUGAGAAGCUUCACCAGUUUCUACGAGAUGAAGAGGCAGCCAAGAUCGCUGCACUGAGAGAGGAAGAGGAGCAGAAGAGUCAGAUGAUGAAGGAGAAGAUUGAGAAGCUGAGAAGAGACAUAUCAUCUCUUUCAGACACAAUCAGAGCCAUAGAAGAGGAGAUGAGAGCUGAAGACGUCUCGUUCUUACAAAACUACAAGGCAACAGUGAAAAGAGCUCAGUGCACACUGCAGCAUCCAGAGGAGCUUUCAGGAGCACUGAUCCAUGUGGCAAAACAUCUGUCCAACCUGAAGUUCAGAGUCUGGGAGAAGAUGCAGGACGCUGUCCAAUACACACCUAUAACUUUGGAUCCCAACACUGUUCAUCCUGAACUCAUUGUAUCUGAUGAUCUGACCAGUGUGAAACUCAGUGAUAAGAUACAGAAGCUUCCUGAUAAUCCAGAGAGAUUUGAUGAAUAUUUGUGCAUCCUGGGCUCUGAGGGUUUUAACUCAGGGACACACUGCUGGGAUGUUGAAGUUGGAGACUCUAAAUAUUGGUUUGUUGGUGUUAUGACAGAGUCUGCUAAGAGGAAGGGGAAUGUAUUCUCUAGAAGAGGAAUCUGGUGUGUGUUGCAUUUUACGAGUAUAUAUGGGACACGUUCUACACCACACCCAGACACUUUCCUUUCAGUAGAACAGAAACUCCAGAGGAUCAGAGUGCAGCUGGACUGGGACAGAGGAAAGCUGUCAUUUUCUGACCCUCUCACUAACACACACAUACACACUUUCACACACAGAUUUGCUGGCAAGUUACUUCCAUUCCAAAGUGUUUUUGGUACAAAAUCUCCUCUAAAGAUCCUCCCACUUCAGUGCUCUGUAAGAGUAAAUCAGAUCAGUUAGAGCUGAUAUUGUUUAUUCCGGUUCAUUAAUGAAAUAUUGCAGAUUAAAAGAUUCAUAUUCUUUGUGUAAGUCUUUUUCCCUUUGGAAACCCUGAAGCGUACAUUGUGUUUUUUUAAGUGACGCAACUCAAAAGAUUUAUAGAAUAUAUUAAAAUAACAAAUUAACAUAAAAAAUAAGAUAAUAUCUAAAAACAUAUUAUAUUAUAUUAUAUUAUAUUAUAUUAUAUUAUAUAUAUUUUGAAAGUCUGAGUAAGUCAAAACAAUGAGAUAGCAUUUCAUUAAAAUCACAAAAGUGUGUUUAAAUGUAGAAUUAGCUGAAAUAGAUCUAGAUUUAAUUUUAUUGAUGUAUUUUAAAUCAUUUGAAAUAAACUGAGACUUUGAAA